UGGAAGGGCAAGUUGCUCAGAAUCAUUGCAAGGUCGGGAUAUUAUACAAUGUUACUCUGUGUACUUAAGAUCUACAUUAUUUUCUGCCUUGUGAAUGAUGGAGCAGGAAAACGCUCAGAAGUACGAGGAAGGACAAAAACAUAUUCACAUAACAGCAGAGGUUACUUCAGAAAAGAAAGGGGAAUGGGAAAAAACAAGAUACUGUUGGUGAAUACUAAAGGUUUUGAUCAACCCCACAUUGGGCAAGGUAGUUUUGGUUUAGUAGCUGAACUUUUUGAUUCCACCAGGACAGAUACAAGUAGAAAAGAGCCAGACAUUAACAAAGUCAAGCUUUUCUCAACAGCUGCCCACGCAAACAAAAGUUCAAGGAAUAUAGGCAUUUUUAGGAGAAAAGCUUUCAAUGGUUCUAGAAGGAAUAUUUUUUCUCGCCAACCAUUUAAUAAAAGAAAUACCGAUGUUACUGAAAAGCCUGGUGCCAAGAUGUUCUGGAACAAUUUUUUGGUGAAAAUGAAUGGAGCUCCACAGAAUACAAGCCAUGGCGGUAAACCACAGGAGAUAAUGAAGGAAGCUUGCAAGACCUUGCCCUUUACUCAAAACAUUGUGCAUGAAAACUGUGACAGGAUGGUGAUACAGAACAAUCUGUGCUUUGGUAAAUGUAUCUCUCUCCAUGUUCCAAAUCAGCAAGAUCGCCGAAAUACAUGUGCACACUGCUUGCCAUCCAAAUUUACUCUGAACCACCUGGCACUGAAUUGUACCGGAUCUAACAAUGUGGUGAAGGUUGUCAUGAUGGUAGAGGAAUGUGCAUGUGAAGCUCAUAAGAACAACUAUCACCAAACUGCACAAUUCAACAUGGAUGCAUCUACCACCCUGCACAAUUAAAAGGACCGACAUAUGUAAAUGCCAUUUUGUAUAUUUUUCACAUACAACUAAGAAAAAGCAUUACAUUGCCCCCUGUUUCAUAUGUCUACAAGGAAAAAGAAUUCCACCAAUAAUAAUUACCAAGAAGCGAUUUGUAUAACUUUCAAGGUACCAGUCUCCUCUGGAGUUAUUGUGUAUAAAUUCAUAAAAUCCUGAUUCUACAAACAAUUUUCAGGCAACCCAGACAAAAUCUUUUUGACUUUUUAACAAAAUGAAUACCCAAAUAUGUGUUAAGAUAAUGUGGUUACGUGUAACUAAAUAUUCAAGAUUAUUAGUGUGUUUUUUGCGUGCAGAUUUAAUUGUAUUUAUUUCAUUGUGACAAUGAAGAGAAUGUCUAUUAAAAAACAUUUUUAUGUUUACUACACUUUUA